AUGCUGCACAGGAGCUGUAGUCCCUCAAGGGACGCAAUGUCUUCCUGGGUACCUAGUUGGUCACUCAUGCAAAUGAUCAGAGUCGGGCCCGCCCACACCCUUGUCCCGGAAGCUUGUUUCCGGGUCUGGCAUCCUCGGUGCUUGCUGCGGUGCUCCGCGGAGACCCCGGGCGUGGCAAUGGCGGUGAAGCGGCCGGUGCGCGUGCUGGUGGACAUGGACGGCGUGCUAGCUGACUUCGAGUCCGGCCUUCUGCAGGGUUUCCGCCGUCGCUUCCCCGGGGAACCGCAUGUGCCGCUGGAACAGCGCCGGGGCUUCCUCGCCAGCGAGCAGUACGGAGCCCUGCGGCCGGACCUGGCGGAAAAAGUGGCCAGUGUCUAUGAAGCUCCGGGCUUUUUCCUAAACUUGGAGCCCAUCCCUGGAGCCUUGGACGCUUUGCGAGAGAUGAACGCCAUGCAAGAUACCGUUGGGUGGAGCAGAACCUGGGGCCACAGUUUGUGGAGCGGAUUAUCCUGACUAGGGACAAGACAGUGGUCAUGGGAGACCUGCUCAUUGAUGACAAAGACAACAUUCAAGGUUGGGUCUAUUAACCUUGACCAUCUCCAGGCGCCUGGCCUGCUGGGAUUAAGGAGAGGAGUAAAAAUAACCAGAUUACAGACCGCACGUUCUGUCUUUACUGCCCCAGGCCUAGAGGAGACCCCAAGCUGGGAGCACAUCUUGUUCACCUGCUGCCACAAUCAGCACCUGGCCCUGCCCCCCACUAGGAGACGGCUGCUUUCCUGGAGUGAUGACUGGAGGGGCAUCAUAGAGAGCAAGCGAGCCAGCCUGUGAAGGACGGGGAGGUGGGUCAGCAGGACCCUGCCUGGACAGGUGACUUUAAUCAGGGAGCCACGGUAACUGCCACUUGAACAAACUGCCUUCCGGCCCCACCCAUGAAAUCUACACCCAGAAGGAACAAGGCUAGCACAUAAAUACAGUGAGAAAAUCAGGUUUUUAAUAAAAAUAAAAACCAAACACAA